AUGACGACCAAUUUAUCAGAAUUGUUCUCUGCUUCACUUGAUAACCAAAGUAAAAAAAUAUGCCCAAUAAUAAAUGGAAUUCUAAGUGAUGCAAUUUGGUUACAAACAGCAUUAUGGACCACAAUAUUCUUUACCGUGAUAUAUAGUUUAGCCGGAAUAUGGGCUUGGGUUGUAUUUCGUAGUUAUAAAUGGUCAUUCCUGAUCCCUUUUGGAUUUAUUGUUGUCGCAUUAUUAACGGGUUUUGUAGGAGGAACAGCGGUUGGUUCGUAA